AUGGUCGCAGAUGCACUAAGCCGGAAAGGCACGGGAAAUUUGGCAAAUCUGUUUACGGAACAAAGAGAGUUAUGGGUUGAAUUAAAUAAAAUGGAUGUAGACCUUGUGGUGCAUGGACGGGAGGCCAUAGUAGCAGCAGCGAUGGCCCAACUGACAUUACUUGAAGAGAUCAAACUACGUCAAAGGGAAGAUGAAAUUUUGAGGAAGAUAUAUGAUGAGUUAGAGACAAAACCGAAACCGGGAUUCAACUUGGAGAAUUCAGUGCUUAAAUUUCAAGGCAGAUUAUGUGUUCCUAAUGUAUCAAAAGUCAAACGGAAAUUGAUAGAAGAAGCUCAUGCCUCGAGAUUUUCAUUACAUCUUGGAAGUACUAAAAUGUAUUGGGAUUUGAAACAGAAUUUCUGGUGGCCAGGGUUACCACGGACUCUUCGGUGUAUGAAUUAUCUAUGGGUCAUUGUGGACCGAUUAACUAAGUCCACUCACUUUCUACCUGUGAAGACUCAGUAUAAUGCAGAUAAACUCGCUGCAAUCUAUGUGAAUGAAAUUAUAAGACUCCACUGUGUUCUAGUCUCAAUAGUAUCAGAUAGAGAUCCAAAGUUUGGAAGUUGGGAAACUCAUUUACCGUUGGUGGAGUUCGCGUACAAUAAUAGUUACCAUUCGAGUAUUGGAAUGGCACCUUAUGAGGCCCUAUAUGGAAGGCCGUGUCGCUCCCCGGUGUGUUGGGCUGAAGUUGGAGAUAAAUCGCUAUUAGGGCCUGAAAUUGUCCAACUGACAAUUAAAAAGAUUAAAACUAUUCGGGAAUGA